CGCGACUCUUCUCACAGUAACCAAAUACACAUAACAAACUUGAAUCGCGUUUUUCGAUGAAAUGUGUGUCUCAUUUUAAAUAAAAUUUGCUGCCAAAUAUUCAAUGUAAAAUAGGAGUGGAUAAAAGAUUUUUCAUUUGAGUGAGACUCACCACAAUAGAGUAUUUGUUUAUUGAUCUGCCAAAAGGAAGACAUUGAUCGUACGAGAAAAAAACAUAAAAAUACAUAACCUAAAAUCGGUUGAGCCAUUGGAUUAAGUGCUUUCCAAAGCCAUUCAUUUCGCUUAAUCACAAAGACGAAAGCCAUGGAUAAAACGGUAUCCAUGCCCAUAGCUAUUUUGAGGUGUUACGUACAAAAGAACUCAGUAUAGAAUCAGAAGAAAAAGAAGAAAAAAAAAAUUUCAAAAAUUAAAUGUGAUGGCGCAUAAUGAAAAUAUGAUGAUGGAUAAUAUGUCUGAUUCGGAAAGUACAGAAUCAUCAGAAAGUGGUACAUCAUCAAGUGGAUCGUCGAAUAGUUCCGAAUCGGAGCAAUCAAGUCAGUCUCUUGAACCGGCACGUAUUCUUAAGCAAAAUCUUGAAUUGCCAAAAGGCUUAUGCGAAAAUGUGAGCAUUUUCAAUGAAUUCUUUUCGCUUGAUACAUGGCGGUGUUUACCCGAUCACAUGAAAGACCAAUUAAAACCAUUUUUGCCAAACUUUUCGGAAAUUUGUAACAAUGAUAAGAAGGAUGUUCAACGUGAAACAAAUGCUACGAUACAAAAAUUGUUCACAAAUCAAAUUACACGAUUUGAAACAUCGCCGCUGAUCAAUUUCCAACGAAAUUUAGAAGAUGGCAAUUACCGUCCAGAUAUCGCACGUUUACGGGCCAACAUCAAGAAAAGUCAACGACGAGAACAACGUUUUCAAAAUUGCGAACGAAUCAGUCAUUUGGCAAAGUCGUUGGUUGUGUCACGUGAACAACAAUUGCGAGAUGCUUACGAUGGCACUGUAAUCGACACAAAGAAAUUUAGUAAAAAGAAAGACGUAUUUGCGGUCAAUUUUAAAUUAACUACGAAUGCAGCAACCGUUCGAUCAAAGAAACGAUAUUUGGAAGAAAUUGAAAAAAUUCGCGAAGAAGUUGGACUCGAUUCAGAUCUAUCUGAUGAUGACCUUUACCCAGACGGUUUGGCCAAACGAGCAAAACGAAACGGUGGAAACAAUCAACUUGGAUUCGGCACCGGUUCAGAGCCAAGGAUUAUCAGUACGAUGGCUCCAAAGGGAAGCAGUCAAAUAUUAAACCAAAUUUCACUAGUUGGGAAUCCAGAACAGAUAAUGCAAGAAAUGCUCACGCAACAUAAGGCUAGAAAACAUGAAGAUCCGGAGCACAUUGAAUUGGAUACGUCUGACAUAAAGAUAAGUGAUAUUUAUGCAAGAACAUACAAUACACCGGGACGAAAACCAUCCGUAAAAGUGCCUACACAUGUUGAUUUCGAUUCAAAUCAAAUUAAAAACGAACCCGAAUUAAAAAUGGAUCAUAUGGAAACUGAUUUAUUGCCAUCGGUCAGUUCAUCGUUCGAUAUUCCGUCGAUGGAUACGUCGCACAUGAGUCUGUCAUCGCAGUUUGGUUUAUCGCGAAAUAGUUCAUUUUUGGAUAAAAUUUCAACCAUUUCGCCAACAAUGAGCAUAAAAGAUUCGUUGAGCGAUAUCGGUCAACUGAAAACCGAGAUUAAAGAAGAAAAACUCGAAACCGAUGUAUGCAAGCAAUUUUUGCACGAUGAUGAUUACAAGCCAAAUCGAUCAAAUGAAUCUCUUGGUUCGCCACACACAAAGAAUCGUUCUGGCAUUAUGUUUGGUGCACUUGGUAAAGAGAAAAAGAAACAAGUGCAUGAUGUAUUCAUUGGCAAUCCAAGUUCAAAACAAUCGAUGUAUGUGAAAGAUGAAAAUUUGAAUACGUCAAGUUUAGAUUCAAAAUUCAACGAAAAUAUCCUGCCACUUGUGUCGUCAAUUACAUCAACGCCAACCAUUUCAUGUUCCAUAUCAUCGGAUAUAAAAAUUGACAAAAGUCCGGGCGAUAAAUUGCUGAAGAAUAACAGUUUAACGUUCUCGGAUAAAUCAUUAAAAACCGAUUCGUUCAGCGAUUUGGAUGGUAUCGAUAUUAUGCGACUACCUGUGGAUCUCGGUGAACCGGGAAAUAUUGACAUUUUAAAUGAUAUUGUUGCUGACAUGAAACCAGAUUUGCUGCAAGAAACACACGCAUGUUAUUUAUCACUCAUUCGUGAUGUAUUCUGUUCGACACCUGAUCAUCGCACAACACUCGAAAGUUUACAUUCGAAAAUCUGUGCAUGGGUCGCAAAUCCAAUUACAGCGCUUAAUGAUUGGUAUGGCUUGGCUGACAGUUGGUUGGAUCUACUUCAAUCGGCCGUUCACUUUUUGGCAGGAGAGUUUCUAGAUCAACCGGAUGAUUUUGUUCCGUACAUUGAGUACAAAUCAAAUUUGAACAUUUAUCAGUGGAUCGGAGCUGGACGUGACAGUGAUCAACAUUUGAAGCAACUGUGCGAGUAUUGGUUGACACGUCGCAAUGAAAUGGGCAUACGAUCACAACCAAAACAAGAAAUCGAAACUGUUCGAAGUAAACCAAACAAUGUGGUUUCCAUCGAAGAGACUCGUUCGCCUCAUAUCGAAAGAGCACUUUCGCCGCCACCACCACCACGUUGCCCAACUAAAUGGGUGGUACAGAAAGCGUCUGCCGAAGAAACUGCCGAAUUUCGUGAACAAGAACGCAAACGAUUUGAACACCCGGAAAAGGCAUUCACAUACCGAAUGUAUGGUUAUGAGAGUGUUGUUGGCCCGGUCAAAGGGAUCUAUACACAAAUUCCGGCAUUAUCAAAAGCACGCGGUCACAAUAUGCUGACAACGGAUCGUCCAAGUUUUGUGACAAUUUUAACAUUGGUACGCGAUGCAACGGCUCGGCUUCCGAAUGGCGAAGGAACUCGCACCGAUAUUUGUGAAUUACUCAAGUCUUCACAAUACAUUUGUCCAUCAGCAUCGGAAACGGUGUUGCAAACAAUUGUUAGUGGCGCUCUUGAUCGCAUGCACACCGAAAAUGAUCCAUGCGUUCGAUACGAUUCAAAACGAAAAACGUGGAUUUAUUUGCAUCGCAAUCGAACGGAAGAAGAAUUUGAAAUAAUGCAUCAACAAUUUCAGGGUCUCAGCAAACACAAGAAACAAAAUAGUCGCAAGACAAAAGUUAAAAAUUCAACACCAAAAACGCCCGAUUCAAAUCUCACAGAGAAUAAUCCGCCAGCAGAUUGUUCAGAAUUAUUGGUUAAUUCAACAUCAAUACCGUUAGCUGCAAACGCAGCAAUUCCCAUCGGAACAACGCCAAAGAAGAAGGCUACAAUCAAAACGAUACCAACCCAAGGAAUUGUUUCAAUAUCGAGUUCAAGUUUGACACCAACGAGUGUCCAACAACAACCAACUAUUCCCGCGACUGUAAAAUUAACACAAUCACCUGUAAUCAUCUCAUCGCUUCCAGUGCCCGCUCUAAGUUCCAUUAAUUCACCCGCUCUAUCGACCAAUCCACCGCCAUUAAUCAACAAAGUGAUUACAACGCAAAAGAAAACAAUUGUUAAACCAGAAUUGGUACCAAUUCAGCAGCUGAACGAGCUAAACGAAAGCAAUAUUGAUACAAUGGACAUUGACACGAAUUUGGAAAAUACACCGAUUAUAAUAAGCAAAUCGCCGACAGUACAAAAUCAAGCGCAAAUUACAGGGAUAAUAUUAGAUAAAAAUCAGAAGAUCAAUACGAAAAUUAUUGGUAAACCCACGAUUGGCAUUGUUUCUGGUGCGCCUACCUCAGCCCAAAUCAAGGUUUCUACAGCGGGUGGCAUUCAAACGGUGCAUGUAUCACCCGGUCACACACUGAUCAAAUCACCGCAGGGUCAAACAACAUUGAUACAAACCAGCGGCAAUCAAUCGAUUUUGACCGCAAAUCAAGUUCGUCGUCCACAACAAACAAAAGCUCUUCCACCAUUGGUGGCCGCUCAAUCGCCAACAAAUCACAGUUAUGUUAUACCAAUUAGCAUUGGCAAAAAUAUUACCAAAACUUUUCAACCGAUUGUUACACAAACAACCAAAUCCAUCUCACCGAAAACCAUCAAAACAUCAACCGUACCUAUUUUGGCGACGUCAAACAGUUUACAACGUACUUCACUGCUUCAAACACAAUCACCGCAAAUUGUUAGCGUUAGUGGCAACAAAACAAUCAUACGAGCAGCGAAUACAAUUCCAGCCGGCAAGAGCUUGAUAAAUCCAUCAGUGGUUGCGGCCGCAAAUCGACAACAACAAACAACAAUGCAAAUAAUACAGGCAAAAUCAUUGCCACAACAAAAUAUAAUUGUAUCACCAAGUGGAGCAAAUGUCAUUGCUGGCAAUUCAAAAGCAACCAUAGUUGGAACAUCAUCGCCAAUUAUGGUUCAGAAAAUUAUUGCCGUUUCGAAAACGGGCGGUACAACCACAAGCAAUGUGGCAGUUACCAACAGUUCAGCGUCUAUUGGCAAUACGAUUGGAACGAACACACCGCCAGGAACGAGUUUAAUUAAUCCACAAAUCAUACAAAUUCAUCAAUCGAACCAAGACAAAUCAUCGCCAACAGCAAAAGUACAAACAAUAUCAACAGCAAAUCUAACGCCGCUUCAGCAACAAAGCUUACUUCAGACGAUCAACAAACAGAUUCGCGCACAAGGUGGCACCGGACAAUCGAAUUUGAUUAUUAAACCCCAAGUUUUAACACAAAUUCAAAAGCAACUCCAACCGGGACAAAUUCAAUUGGCUCCGGUACAAUCAAGCUCAUCAUUAAUCGAUGCUCAAAUUCAAUUGGUAACAACGGCAUCGGUUAGUAUUGGUCAACCAAUUAUCACAAGAGGUGGAAUAAAAGCGACCACAAGUCUCAUUCAAACAUCAUCGACAACGAGCCCAAUAACCAGCGUUCGCAACAUUUCAGCAAACAGUUCGAUAAUUGGCAAAGUGAUUGAUCAAUCGGGUCAAAUAAUUUCAUUGGAAAAUCUGGUGCAACAAAAACAAGUGGGCGUACCGUCCGUUCGAAUUGCCGGCACAAAAGCAGGUCAAAAUCUAAUUCAAUUGACUGGUGCACCGGGCUCACAAAUUACACAAUAUGCCGUGGUUUCAAUUCCUCAACCUCGUUUGGUGACAACACAAGCGGUAACAACGAAUGCUUCGACAAUAAGCGGUCAAGUUAAAACAGCGUCGGGAAUCACUUCAAGUGCCUCAAAAUCGGAAAUUGUGAAAAUUGGCGGAAAAACAGCAAUGAUAUCACAGCCGACAAUGAUCCAAGGUCAACAAUCGAAUGCAACAACACCGAAAAUCGUGCAAUCAGCGCAACUGCAACCAAUCACAGCCCAGCAAUUGGUGAAUGCAAAAGUGCUUGGCGUACAAGGCUUUCAGGGGCUAUCGCAAGUUACGUCGCUCAAUCAACGCGUUAAGGCUGGUACAAGUAUUCGAAUGGUAAACGCAUCCAAUUUGAAUAUCGCCAAUAUUGAUGGAAAGUCAAUAAUAAUUGCCAAACCGACCAUGAUUCAAUCGCCCGGUCAAAUCUCAAAAUCACAAAUCUGGACACAACAAGGUAAUAAUGUCGGAAAAGCCAACAUUAUAAGUACAUUACCGGCUGGUCAAAUUCAAUCGUCGCAAGUUAUGUUUGGCAAUCAAAUUGUGAAAAUUCAACCGCAACAGUCAAUUGCCCAAGCACAAGGCAAUUCAUCAACACCAACAAUGUCAGUUAUUAAUAUCAACUCAGCAAAUAACACAACAACCACGCCAACAGCAAGUGUUUCAGCAGGAACCACGAGAACCGUUGUACUUGGAUCAACUGGUCAAGCGAUCAAAGUACAUGCACCGAAUGUGAUAACAACAACAGCCGCCGGCGAUAAGUCAACGAUCAAGAAUGUCAUCAAAGGCACAAAUUUGACUACAACACCCGGUCAACGAGUAGUUUUGGCCGUACAAGGUGGCAGCCAAUUCUUAUUACCGCAAAAUUUCCAAGGUGGCACUAUCAAUUUAAAAUCGUUACAAGGUCUCAAGAUGAUUCCAAUACAAACACAGCAAACAACACAAAUUCAAUCCAACCUAAAUCCACAAAUCACAACCACAUCUCAAACAAUCAAACCGCCCAGUUCAGCCACGGACAGCUAAAUUGUCUUGAAAAAGAGCCCCCGCAUAAAUUAUCCCCAAUAAACUCGACGGCAUCCAUUCAAAAUCAUCGUCAUUAUAAUUUUCUCUAAUAUAGCAUUUAGAUUUAAAAUGAACAAAACUUACAUAUUGUAAUGGCGUUCAUUCGCAUUAUAUAUAAACGGUAGCGUGUACAAUGUACAAUGUACAUAAAAAUCUACUUUCAGUUAGAAAAUAUUUAUGAUUUAAAUGAAUGUAAAUUAAAAUUUGAUGAUGAUACGAUCAUCAUUACACACGAAAGCUAAAUAAAUAAUUUUAGUCGUCUAAACGAAAACAAUAUGAAUUAAAUGAAUACAGAUUAUCGGUUUAAUCACGUAAAAUUUUCUUUGUAAUCACAAAUUUAAAGAAUACAAAUAACAAAAAAAAUUGCAAUUUCUCAAUACUCAUGCAGCGAUUAAAUUCAGCGUUAUAGACAAAAAGAACUAUGGAUCUACAAUCGUA